AUGGAUCACAAACUCAAUGAAUUAACUGAAAAUAUUAAGCAAAGAGGUCGUGAAGGAGCUUAUCCGCUAUUUAAACAAACGGGUCCAGAAUAUGUGAUGCCUAAGUUUCCAAUCGAAAGAAAAGAAAUGGAGGAGCACAUAUUAGAAUUUAAAUUAGCCAGAUCAGCUAGUAAUAUGGAUGGUGAUUACAAAGUGACAACUAGUGAAGAAAAUCGUGAUUCAAUAGUAGUUGCACCGAGAACUUUUGGUUUGGAUAAUUACAAUUCUAUGGGGAAUAUGAUAAAUGGAUCAGCAGAAUCGGUCAGUAGUAAUAAUAAACAGAGCCACCAUACUUGUGGAAUAGUGUUGGGCAAAAAUGAUAAAGUGAAUGAAGAAGACUAUUCAUGCGAUUGUCUAACUCAGCUGCCUGAAGAAUUUCCACAAGAACGUCAUGCUCAGCCUAGUUUAUCUACAUCAGGCACUAAUACAUCAUCUUUGGAGUUUAGUAAUCGUAUACAAUCAAGACUAGCUCAAGGCGGUUUCCUGCUUCAGAAUGAACAAUUUAGUGGUGGUAGUGUUGGUGGCGGCGGAGGUUCUUUAGUUCGACGAUUGUAUAGUGUUCCAGGGGCAGCUAGUGAUGGUCUACCAUUGCAUUUAACGCCUGGUUCAAGUAUGUAUGCUGAUGUAGCUCCUGUUAUCCAGGAGGUUGAAGUAGCCGCUGAAGCACAUUUGGAAUCAGCAGCUGUAGAAUUUCAACGGGUUCAAAUCUGUGGUGAUGAUACUCUUGGGCUGUCUACAAUUCAUCCACAUACCUCUGGAAAUUCCUUCGGUCAACAGUGUAUCGUACAGGUACCCGUGGAUGAUCUGCAUUUCGCAUCAGAGGCUUUAAUCAAAGCCCUGUUAUUACGUCAUAAGUACAUCACAGCAUCGCAUCAAUCAUUUUAUCGCACUACAGCACGUUAUUUAAGUAUAUUGGAUUCAGGUUCAGUGAAAUUGUUGGAUUAUGAAGAGAAACGUUACAAGACUAUACACACUCCUGUAUUCGAUCAUCCUAUACAUCCACCUGAAAAAACCGGUGAUCCAUUCGAAAUUGACUAUUGGCCUGAACCGUUGAAUGUGAAACUUGAAUUCCACAAAGGGAUUAUGCAUGUUAUACGUAACCGUGAAACGGUUAAUGGUAAUGGUGGUGGUUGUGGUGGCGGCGGUGUUUCAGAGAGUACUGACAAGGCGAAUGGUGAAGUUCAUCAGACAAAUAACGAUCACGGCGAUGAUGAUAAUGAUGACGAUGGUUUACCAGUAUUCAAUGUGCCCUGUUUACAAACCUUUUUCUCAGAUUUUGAUACCAUACGUACAUUUGUAGCCGAUGGUCCAUUGAAAUCAUUUUGUUAUCGUCGACUCACCUAUUUAGCUUCGAAGUUUCAAUUGCAUUCUCUGCUGAAUGAAGCUCGGGAAUCACUUGAACAGAAACGUGUGUCACACAGAGAUUUCUAUAAUAUUCGUAAGGUUGACACACAUUUACACGCCUCAUCCUGUAUGAAUCAAAAGCAUUUAUUACGUUUUAUCAAGAAAACUAUACGCACCAAAGCAAAUGUACACGUGUGUGAAGAUCCGAAAACGAAAAAGCCUAUCACAUUGAAUGAACUAAUUGACAAAAUUGGAAUUACUCUAUACGAUUUAAAUAUUGAUAACUUGGACGUUCAUGCUGAUCGUAAUACAUUUCAUCGAUUCGAUAAAUUCAAUGCCAAGUACAAUCCAAUUGGUCAGAGUCAACUACGUGAAGUAUUCUUAAAAUCGGAUAAUUACAUAAAAGGUGUAUUCUUUGCGCAUGUUUUAAAGGAAGUUUUUUCAGAUCUCUCCGAAUCCAAAUAUCAAAAUGCUGAACCACGUCUAUCGAUCUAUGGUAGAUCAAUUAAUGAAUGGGAUAAUUUAGCUAAAUGGGCUAUCGACUGUAAAGUGUAUUCAGAUAAUGUACGUUGGUUGAUACAAGUCCCACGUCUGUUCGAUGUUUAUCAUGCUAAAGGAUCAAUGAAAUAUUUUCAGGACAUUAUUACAAAUGUUUUCCAACCAUUAUUUGAAGUCACUGCCAAUCCUAAAUCACAUCCUGAGUUGCAUGCAUUUCUCCAGUAUGUCACUGGUUUCGAUUCUGUAGACGAUGAAUCCAAGUCGGAUAAGAUUGUCUUCAAUAUCUCUACGCCAACACCGGAUGAGUAUGAUUUAAAUGAGAAUCCACCUUAUUCUUAUUAUAUUUUCUACAUGUAUGCUAAUAUAGCUCAGUUGAAUCAAUUUAGAAGUCAUCGUGGAUUGAACACCUUCUCAUUUAGACCACAUUCUGGUGAGGCUGGAAAUAUUAAUCACUUGGUUACAUGCUUUCUAUUGGCUGAAAGUAUUAAUCAUGGUCUAUUGUUACGUAAAGCUCCUGUCCUUCAAUACCUCUAUUAUCUUGCUCAAAUUGGAAUUGCAAUGUCACCGUUAAGCAAUAAUUCCUAUUCUUGGAUUAUCAUCGUAAUCCCCUGA